AUGGCUUCUGUGGCAAACGGUCCCUUCUACAUUCUCAAACCUCCAAACCAUCCUAGUUACAAACUCAGUAGUGGUAUCAGAACGACCCUCUGGUCAUUCUCAUGUACCAAUGCACCAUUUCUCACUCUGCAGACCUCAAAGCAGAAGUCUUCAACCAUCAUUUGCUUUGCAACUGAUAAGCAAACUUCUUCUACUGAAAUCAGUUCCACAGCCAGGAUUAGGAGUGAAGUUCUCACUCCCUUUCGCUCCGUUCGGAUGUUUUUCUAUCUUGCUUUCAUUGCAAGUGGCGGUUUAGGAGGACUCAUAGCAACCACACAGUUAAUUGCAGCACUAACAAACCCAUCAAGAGCACUUGAUGCCCCUGAAAUUGCGAAGGGUCUUGGGAUAGACCUUGGAGCAGUGUCUCUCUUUGCAUUCUUGUAUUUGAGAGAGAACAAGGCCAAGAAUGCACAGAUUGCUAGGCUCUCAAGAGAGGAAAACCUUUCGAAUCUUAAGCUCCGGGUUGAUGAAAAGAAGGUCAUUCCUCUUAGCUCUUUGAGAGGGAUUGCUCGGCUUGUAAUAUGUGCAGGCCCUGCAUCAGUCAUCACAGAAGCUUUUAAUCAAAGUGAACCCUACACUGAAAGGCUUGUGGAACGAGGGGUGCUCGUGGUGCCCUUUCCUACAGAUGGAAACUUACCUAGUUUUGAGUUUGAAGAAAGUGAAGAGACUAAGGAGAUUACUGCAAAGAGGAAAAGACUAUGGCAGCUGACACCAAUUUAUAUUCCUGAAUGGACCAAGUGGUUAGAUGAGCAAAAGAAGCUGGCAGGCGUCUCCUCUGACUCUCCUGUGUAUAUAUCUCUUCGCCUGGAUGGUCGUGUUCGUGGCAGUGGCAUUGGUUACCCGCCUUGGAAUGCUUUUGUUGCACAGCUACCACCUGUAAAGGGAAUGUGGUCUGGUCUUCUUGAUGGGUUUGAUGGAAGAGUUUAA